AACUUAUCAGUUUCUUUCCCCCCACAACUCUCGUUGCUUGAUUAGUCAUGUUAAAUUCUAGAGCUAUUCUAGUGAUAUUACAUAGAAAGGUAGGCUACGUUGGUGCUAACUUGCCAAGACAAGUUCAGUUAUGGUGACUGAUGCUGGUGGUGCCGUGAUUAAUUAACGCUGCAGAUAACAAGGUUAGGUAUUUAGAUGGCACCAAGAAAACCAAAACUGCCUACCGCUCUGCCUGAAAACUUUGAACUGACGGAUACGGAAAAGAAGAGAUGGAAGUUGGGAAAAAUCAUCGGCCAAGGAGGUUUUGGGUUGAUCUAUCUUGCCUCGCAAGAUUUGGACAAACCUGUGGCACAAGACUCAAAUUUUGUUAUAAAACUGGAGUACCAUGAAAACGGCCCAUUGUUCUCUGAGCUCAAGUUCUACCAGAGAGCCGCGAAGCUGGAGAGCAUACACAGGUGGAAAACGACAAAGAAGAUUGAUUUUCUGGGAAUUCCAGCAUACUGGGGUUCCGGAUUGGCAGAACACAAUGGAAAGAGGUACAGGUUCAUGGUGAUGGAUCGUCUGGGCACCGACCUGCAAAAAGUGUGCGAUGGUAACGGAGGCCAGCUGAAGACAAACACAGUGCUUCAGCUGGGCUGCUCCGUGCUAGAUGUUUUAGAGUACAUCCAUGAAAACGAGUAUGUCCACGCAGACAUCAAGGCAUCCAAUCUGAUGCUUGGAUACGGAGACCCCAGCAAGGUGUACCUAGCAGACUACGGCCUCUCCUACAGAUUCUGCCCUGAUGGCGUACACAAGGAGUACAAGGCCAACCCAAAGAAAGGCCACAAUGGAACGAUCGAGUACACCAGCUUGGAUGCUCACAACGGAGCUGCUCCAUCCAGAAGAGGGGAUCUCCAAGUGUUGGGGUUCUGCUUGUUACACUGGCUUUGUGGAACGCUGCCGUGGGACUCGGAGCUCAAGAAUCCCACACAGGUUCAUGAGGCCAAGGCCAGGCUGAUGGACAACUUGCCGAACUCGGUGCAGAAACUUCCUAUGGAUAGAGCUGUCUCGGACAAGAUGGCUGACUUCUUUCUGCAAGUUAAGGAGCUGGCUUAUGAGCAGCGUCCAGACUACCAGGCCCUGAGGACACUGCUGUCUGCAGGGGGGCGGAGGGCUGGGGGAGGCCAGGGAGGACUGGACUUGUCUGGGCCUCCAGGAGAGCUGGCUGGGGGCACGACCAGGGGACCACACAGGAGCAAGGGAACAGGCCAAGAUCGAGGGUCAGCCAUAAAAAAGCCAGGAAGAAGGGGGGAACAGGUGGUGGAGGAAGAGGAGGAUGAAGUGAAAGGAGGUAACGAGCGAGGAGAUGGAGAGGAAGCUAAAGCUGGCAACAUGAGGGCUCCUGCCACAACCACACCUGACAAGAAACAGACCAGACCCAGGGGAUCCAGAUCUAACCCUGCCCCCGAGCAGGAGGGUGAGAGACCCAGACCCAUCGCAGCGUGCCACCUCAGAGGACCACCCAUAGGGCCCAGGGCCCAGCCAGACCUGGGGAAAAGCAGAACAAAAAACAAAAGACCGGUCCAGGAAAAAGCAGCUGAAGACUUUGACCUCACGGUGACCUCAGGACCACAAGUCAACCCCCGGCUGCCUCGCCACACACGACUAGCCUCACCUGCCAAGACAAGCAGCAGGUGGGACCAGGAUGACUGCUACAGUAGGAGACCCAGCCUCACACAGACUAGUCGCUCUGGUCAGACACACAGGCCCUGGCAGGAGCCUUCCAAGGCUGAUGAUCACAGGGAGGACGAUGACCAGGGUUAUGACCAGAGAUGGGGGAAUCGAAGAUACAGCCACACAGACAACAGAGGCUACAAGCAACAGUACAAUGAUGACAGCGACCAUGGUCACAGAGAGACACAAGCCCCUCAACAGAAGGGCUCCUGGUCCUCCAGGAUCUACUGUGCUGCAGGGCUUGUCUUCAUCUUGCUUGCCUUUCUACUUGCACUGAGAGACAGGGAUUUGCACUCUAUUCUCCUGCACUAA